CCAGUUCACUCUUUCAUUUACCUCUGUGAUAAGUUUACAGUUCAACAAGAUGAGUUACCCUUACGGUGGAGGGUACGGAGGCGGUUACCCUGGGGCAGGGGGUUACCCUCAGCAACAACCAAUGCCAGGUAUGCCUACACCAGGAGGUCCCCCAUACCCUGGGGGUGCCCCCUAUCCAGGUGGGGGCGGGGCCCCUUACCCCUCUGGGGGGCCAAAUCUCCCCUAUGGAGUGCAGCCACCAGGGGGCAUGCCAGGACAGCUGGGAUUUGGUUGUUUUUAUACAGUUUGUUUUAUUCUACAGGAACAGGGAACUGUAAGAGACCACACCCCUUUCAACCCUGAAGAUGACAGUGCUAAGUUGAGGAAAGCCAUGAAAGGAUUAGGUACUGAUGAGAGAGCCAUCAUUGACAUUCUUGGAUUUAGGACAAACGCACAACGCCAAAAAUUGUUUCUGCAGUACAAAACUAUGUAUGGAAGGGAUUUAAUACAAGACUUGAAGAGUGAACUGAGUGGUAAAUUUGAAGAUUGUGUCCUGGCCCUCAUGUUGCCUCCUGAGAAAUACGAUGCCUCGGAACUCAGGCGUGCAAUGGCGGGUUUAGGAACUGAUGAAGAUGCACUGAUUGAAAUUUUGUGCACAAGGAACAAUCGUGAAAUCCAGGCAAUUAAUGCGGCUUAUAAACAAAUGUACCGGACCUCACUAGAACAAGAUAUCGCAGGGGACACAUCUGGUCAUUUUAAGAGGCUCAUGGUUUCUAUGGCAAAUGGCCACCGAGAUGAAAACCAAGCUCCUAAUAUGCAAAAAGCACAGCAAGAUGCCAGGAAACUGUAUGAUGCCGGAGAAAAGCGCUGGGGCACAGACGAGUCCAUGUUUAAUGCCAUCUUGGCAUCACAGAGCUUUCCACAGCUCAGGGCAGUGUUUGACGAGUACCAGAAGUUAUCUAAGAACACUAUUGAGAGAGUCAUACAGAGUGAGAUGUCUGGGGAUCUGGCCAAGGGAAUGCUGACAAUAGUGAAAGUGGUGAAGAACAAGGCCUCAUAUUUUGCUGAAAAAAUGUAUACUUCAAUGAAGGGCCUGGGUACAGAUGAUAAGACACUGAUCCGUGUGGUAGUCACCAGGUGUGAAGUGGAUAUGGUCCAGAUCAAAGAAGAAUUUCAGAAGAAAUAUCACCAGAGUUUGGGAGCUUUUAUAAGGGAUGAUACAUCAGGAGACUACAAGCGAGUUCUGCUGGCAUUGUGUGGAGAGAGAUACUGAUUGCCUUACCCCCUAUGAAUAUGACACCCCCUGGGAAUGUGACACCCCUAGGAAUAUGACACUCCUAGGAAUAUGACACUCUUAUUCUAGUAUCAGUAAUAUGUCAGGUCUGUGGAUUGGAAUAGUUUUUUUUGUUAUAUAUCUCUUUUUAUUAUAUAAAAGUAGUUGCCUUCAAAGAUGGUGCGAUUCUUGACUAGCAUGCAACUGACUGCUGAAAUAUGAUAAUAGCAUGUACAUACUGAGCACAUGCACACUUAAUUGGAUUCAGAUCCAGAGCGGAUCUUACCCAAAGCCCUGCUCCCCUCCUCAUUUCAAUCCAGCCCAACCCUGUAGCUUGUCUUAUAUAUAUGAUCCAAAUAAUUUGAUUGGAUCUUAUAUGUAGUAAUAGUGGAAGAGAGUUUUUAAAGACUUUCAUUCCAACUUUGCCUCAGAUAUGAGCAAUGCAUCAGUUUAUUGGGACAAAACAGUUAUCAUGCAAAGUAAAAGGUACUUUAUGGAUCUACAUUUAUGACAGAUGCAAAGCAGAAUCCUUAUCACCCCUUUAUAGUUAUAUUGAUAUUUUUGCUAAUAUACAUGUAGCGGAAUCUUCCAUUGGUAUAUUGCAAUAUGUGUUUAUGAUAUCUGUCAGUUUUUCAAAUUCUCAGUUUAUGGAUCUGUUGAAUAGUUUAAUAUGUAAAUUUCAUGUUUUCUGUCAAUUUAUGCGAAAUGCUAUUGUCUAGAAAUUUAUAUGUCAUAUGUCUGUGAAAUUUAUUAUAGAUUAAGUUUGAGGAAGACUGAUUCAAGUUC